AUGCACGAUCUUGACGUUCUCAAGAGUGGGGGCUACAAGGGCUCUGGGCUGGUUCAACUCAAGCUAACCUGUCCCUUAACCGAAUUUCCCCAAGAAAUCCUCGAGCUCGGGGACACCCUUAAACAGCUUGAUCUCUCUGGAACAGGCCUGUCCUCUCUGCCUGCAGGUUUCGGCGCCGCCCUGCCAAACCUCAAGAUCGCAUUCUUCUCCGACUGUAAGUUCAAAGUCUUUCCAAAAGAACUUGCAACAUGCCCGAACCUCGAGACGGUUGCCUUCCGCACCAACGGCAUGGAGGAAAUACCCGAGGAUGCCUUCCCGCCGCGCCUGCGUUGGCUCAUUCUCACGGGCAACCGCAUCAGAUCGUUACCCACCAGCAUCGGCCGCUGCAACCGCUUGCAAAAAUGCCUGUUGGCCGGUAACCAGCUACGAGACUUGCCGGACGAGAUGGCCCGGUGCACCAAGCUUGGCCUGCUGCGACUGAGCUCGAAUUGCUUCGAAACGCUGCCCUCGUGGCUUUUCACCCUCCCUGAACUGGCAUUUCUCUCCUUUGCCGGCAACCCGUGCGCCUCGCCCGCCGUGAACGGAUCACGCACCGCUCCCGGCCUGGCGAGCAUUCCCUGGGCCAAUCUCGAGGUCCAGCAGACUCUUGGCGAGGGAGCAUCAGGCGUCAUCUGCCAAGGUCUCUGGAAGCAGUCGCCGCAGUAUGCCGAGGAGGUUGCGAUCAAGCUGUUUCGCGGGGCGAUGACCUCUGACGGAAACCCUGCCGACGAGAUGGCGGCAUGGCUCGCGGCUGGCGCUCACGAAAGUCUCAUCACAGUGCUGGGGCGCAUCCAUGGGCAUCCGGAUGAGGACGCGGUGGUCGGGUCUGAGGCAAGCCAAACCUUCCAGGGUGGCAUCGUGAUGCAGCUGAUCCCGCCGCAUUACACAGUUCUGGGCCAGCCGCCGUCCCUGGUCACAUGCACGAGAGAUCGCUUUCGAGAGGACGCCUCGCUCAGCGUCUCGUGCGUGCUGUCAAUGCUGACUGGCAUAGCGGGCGCGGCGGCCCAUCUGCAUGCGCGGGGCAUCUCCCACGGGGAUCUGUAUGCCCACAACAUACUCGCCAGCAGCGAGGACGCACAUGCCUUGCUGGGCGACUUUGGCGCUGCGACCAUCUACGGCCAUGGAUCUGCCAGGAACUGCGGCAUAGAAAAGCUCGAGGUGCUGGCCUUUGCGCAUCUCGUGGAGGACAUGUUGGGACUUGUCAAAGAGGACCAAUCAGCUUCGGCCCAGCUGCAGCGGGAACUUUGGAAUCUACAUGCGCGCUGUGCGUCGCCGGCCGUGGACGCCCGGCCGUCUUUUGAUGAGGUGGUAGAGGAACUGGAAGGCUUGAUGGGAUGGAGGGGGAUGAUGCGGAUUCCCGGCUGA